AUGCAACAACAAUUUCAAGCUCCUCCAUCAGCUCAAGGAUAUCCUCAAGGACCUCAACCAUACCAUUAUCCUCCUCCUCCAAGUAAUUAUUACCCACAUCACCCUUCACCUUAUUAUCAUUACCCUUCAGUUUCUCCAUAUGGUGGUGGUGGCUUUGGUUUUCCUGCCGGUAGUUCAUUCAACUCCGGUGGCAACACCAAUGGAUCCGGUACACAGACGAAUGGAGACGUCAAAGUCGGAAACAGUAAGGAGAAAUCCGGAGGUGUUGACAUUGGUAAGAUUGGUGGAAACCAUGGCAACCAAGGUGGGCAACAAGUUUCCGGGGAUGUUAAGGCAGGCAACAUUGGGUGUUGA